AUGAUAAUUAUCAACAAGACUAUUGCAAAAUUCACAUUCAAAGCAGCAAGUUACUAGGCUAGAUUAUUUAGCAACCAGAAUUUCUUCUCUCAAUAGAAGGAUCCAAGCUAUCAGCUAUCAGAUGAAAAAGCUCUGUAGUAUAUGAAAAUGGCAGCAGAUUUGUCAUUAAUUAGAUUCAAAGAUGAAUAAGAAAUGUUUUAAUACAAAAAUGACUUCCAAUCUGCUCUCAUGUUUAUCAAGAAACUUGAGGAAGUUGAUUCUUCAGGCGUAGAACCACUAGCUAAUGUUUUGGAAUUCUAUGGAGGCAAUGAGGGUAAAAUGAGAACUUAUGAAUAACUAGAGAAAGAUGACAUGUAGAGAGUAAAGGAAAAGAUAGAUAUAAAGAAAGAAAUAUAGAAGAUGAAUGCUAAUAUGCAGGGAGGAGCAAAGAAAGAGGCCAAGUAAGUCUGCAAUGGGUAAACCACCUACUGGGAACUCACCAUUAUUGUAGACUCAGAGGUAGAUAAAGGAAAACUAGUCUAGAGAUUGGGCAGCAAAAUAGAUUCUCAAUUUUCAAAGAAGGAUAUAAAAGACUUGAAAAGUAGAUUUGAGAAAAACUCAACUUGGGUUUUGGUUGAUGAAAGAGGAGAAACUAUUGAUUUGGACUUAAAGACCUAAGAUAAUCUGGAAUAAACAAUGAUUGCUAAAUAAAUAUAGCAUGAUUAAGAGAAAGGAUCUAAUAGGUCAGAUAAUCUAUCAGGCUUUCAUAAAACCUUGAAAAGUUCACAUUACAACUUCAGUCCAAACACUUCUCUGGUUGUUGAUAGAAAUUCUACGCCAAUUAGUAAGGGUUAUGUCAAAGGCACAAAUUAUAAAAAAGUAGAGAUCUCUCUGGAAAAAGAGCCUGGAAUUCUUGGUAUCCAUUAUGAGCGGAAAAUGUCUAAGAAUCAGUUUCGACUUUGCAUGGGACUACUCGGUCUUGAAUCCAAUGCAUUUCUGUCUGAUAGAAUAUUUGAAGUGGUAGAUUCUGAUAGUGAUUAGUAUAUCUCUUUUUCACAGUUCGCAACAAUUAUGGAUACCUUAAUAAACGGUGAGGAAGAUGAGAAGCAUGAGUUUAGUUUUUCAUUGCUUGACGUUUACGAUUCUGGAUAUUUUGAUUUUGAAGAGUUCAAGGAAAUAAUCUCUAAGAUCAUUGCUCAUUGGUGUAUAAUAACUGGCAGUUAGGUCAAGGUAGAAAGGGAUGGCUUAAGACAAAUAUUCGAUAAGAUGGAUGUUAACAAGGACGGUAUUGUAGAUAUUGAUGAAUACAAGAAAGCCUUAAAAGGCAAUCCCUAGUUAUUUCAAUGGUUUGAUUUGCUUAAUAAAGGGCUUUCAGACAGCGAUAAGACUCAAAAAGAUAUAGUUGAGGUCAAAAUUAACGCUCUAAGUGAUGUUUUAGAACUACAGAAAAAGCUAAGUCGAGUCAUGAAUUAGAUGCAAACUAUAGAUAUUUAGAAUAAUCAAAACAACUAGAUUGAAUAUAUUUCCUCCAAAGAAUCAUUUAAACUUGAAGACUUUAACAUGUCACUUGAACGAAAUCUUGAUGAUGAGGAAAAACUGAGAAAUAGAAAGCAGUCUAUUAUUGAUUAAAAUUAGAAAAGAUAGUAGGAGAAAAAUAACAGCAACAAUAAAUUCAAAAACCAGCUGCAAUUACUUUUGGAAAAAGUCGACGAGCAAUCCCCAAGAUUUCAAGAUAUCAAUGAGCAAUAAUAAAUUAACUUUAAUAGAGAAUCAGCUCUAAGCUCACUUUAAGAGCAAUAUCUUAAUCCUUUACCAAAGAAAGCAAUCAAAAUGGAUUCACAGCAAUAUUAAAUUAUGGAACUUCAGAAAAAAAUGUAGAUAUAAAGAGAAAGAAAAAAAGAGUUUGGAGAAAAAAAACCACCAGUCUAUCAUAUUUAAAGUAAAAAUCAAAUUGAAUAGGAUACUGAUGUCAUUGAAGAUCCAGACUCUCCAAUUCAAACUAAAAAUAUAAAUUAAUCCUCAAAUGUUUAAAGAAGCAAGGGGAAAUUACUCCAAAAUUCUUAGAGGAAGACUUAAGAAUACCCAAAUACAGCCUUAGCUUAACUCAGUGGUCAGGCAAAAUUCAAAUAACAGUGCGAACUCUCAGAUGAAGCCAGAAAAUUAAUAAUCAAGUCAUAUAAAUUCAAGCAAAAAUAAGUUGAUUUCUAAUAGAAUUCAUAAAAUUUAAAUAACUUUGGAUUAAUAAAUGGACCAAAUUAAAAUGCUAAUGGGUAUUCCUCCGAUUGGUCACCUACUUAUGCUUAGGAUUUAGCAAGAUCUGAAAUUAAUUACGCAUAGGGUGGUGGUCCUAUAAAUAAUAGUCAAAUUAUAAGAAACUCCAAUGAGAGAGUGCUGAGCGAGAUGAACUAAUCUCGCUUAUUGAAAUCAAGGCCUAAGAAAAAUAACUCUUAAAUUGGAGAGUUAAUGGAUUAGCAUAGUCAAGCUUAUCAAAUGAAGAUAGAAAAUGAUUAACUAAAGAGUUAAUAAUAAAAAAUAAUGAAAUAGUUGAAUGAGAUUUAAGGUUUGGCAAAUCAUCUCCUUAAUCAAUUGCAAGAGGAUAAGGAUUCAGCUAUUGGUGAAUAGAUAAAGCAAUAUGUAGAUAAACAAAAAGAAAAGAUUUUUAAGAACAGUCAAGAUGAUAGCGAAGAGAGUGAAGAAGAAAAGGAACUACAUAGAAUAUCACUUAACUUGGAUAACGGUAAUCUAAGGCCAGUAAACGAGAUCUAAAAUUUCUUCAAGGUGAGAAGCAGACAAAGAUUGACUGAAAGCAUUAAGAAAGCUUCUCACAUUCAUAAACCAUUAAGUAAGAGUCAAAGUAAGUCUUUCAUCCAUAUUGGCCAUGAUAAUUGGAAUCUCGUUCUACAUAUGAUGCUUGGAAUAAGACAAUCAGUAAGGAAUGUAAUGCAUGAAGAGGUAUUUGAGCUGAUUGAGCAAGAUUUUUAAAGAAAGUACUGCUAUGAACUUAUUUCUAAGAAGACCAAGAAUAUGAACUUAUUUGAGUUUUACGAUUUUUCUCCUAGGGUCUUUCAUCUUAUCAGAACUAUGUAUGGUAUCACACCAGAUCAAUACUUAAAAUCACUGGGCCUUGAGAAUCUCAUAGGCAAUCUAUUGAUGGGGAACAUCUCUAGUCUGAAGGAAUAGUGUUCAACUGGUAAAAGUGGAAGUUUUUUCUAUUAUACGGCAGAUUCUAACUUUAUGUUGAAAACUAUAAGUAAUGGUGAGUUUCACAAUCUAAGAGUUAUUCUUAAGGAAUAUUAUGAUCACUUAGCUUUAUAUCCUCAUACACUAAUAACUAGAUUUUUCGGUCUUCACAAAAUAAAAUACUAAAAAUAGAAUGGUGGAAAAGCAAGGAUUUAUUUCGUCAUAAUGGCGAAUGUGUUCAAGACAACUAGAGAAAUUAAUUUUAGAUUUGAUCUAAAAGGUUCAACUCAGGGCAGGAAGACCAAGAAAAAUCCUAAUGAAUAUGUUGAUAGUAGUGUGGCACUCAAAGAUCUUGAUUUUAUUGAUGAAAAGUUUAAAAUCAGAGUUUCACCUGAUAUCUAAAAAGCUCUAAAAUAGCAAAUAUAGGAUGAUGUCUCGCUAUUUCAAAAGCUCAACAUAAAUGACUACAGCUUAUUGCUAGGUAUUCAUAAACUUUAAGAUGAAGAUGAAGGAAGAGAUAUUCUGUAAAACAGUCCAAGUAUCCAUCAAAUUAUUAGAAAUAGCUUUGAUAUCCUUAAACAAAAAGAUAGUGGUGUAAAACUGGGUGUCACUUAUAAUUCUUAGAAAUUGCUAAGACCCCCUAUUCCAUUCUUUGAAGCCCACGACGGAGGCAUUGUUUCCUCUGAUGGUAAAUUCGUGUAUUUCAUUGGAAUUAUUGAUACCUUAACUUUCUUUGGAGCCAAGAAAAAACUAGAAUAUAGUUUGAAAUCUGUGGCCUAUGGGAAUAAAACUAUCAGCUGCAUACCCCCAAAGAACUAUGGAGAUAGAUUUAUUGGAUUUAUGAACAAUAUUUUCGAGUGA